AUGUCUUUCGAUAUGGAAUGGUCUCCGGAAUUCUGCCUCGCCUGUGACAGGCAAACCGAUGGAGGUGUUUACUGCUCAGAAGCUUGUCGUCUCGCAGAGUACGAAAAGGCUUCUUCAAGUGAUAAUUCAUUACCCUCUUCACCAUCAUCACUUCAUGGAGCUUCUUGGCCUUCAAAGUCCAAUGGUUUCUACAUGGAGCCUGCGUACAACUUCAGCAAUGCACAACCAUACGGCACAACCCCCUCGUCUAGAACCUCAUACUUUUCCCAACCUACGAGAUCAUCUCCAGUUAACAAGCCUACCUUGACACCUUCGAGCUCGCAGUCCAGUCUCUUCUCAAUGCAAAGCACCACUUCAUCAACGUCUUCGGAACCAGCACAGCUAUCAGCGGAAUCAAAGCAGGCUUUGAGAGCAUACGCUAGCUCAUUUGAUCAAUCUCGAAACUCCAGACGACAAUCUGGCAGUCAUUAA